AUGCUUGCUUAUUGGUUUUGUGCUCCUGCAGGUGGCCCUGAGGGCCUGGCGGACGAGGUGGAGGACUUCCAUGAGGCGCAGUUCCAGGCGGUGAUGGCGGCCCUGGAGAGCGGGGAGGAGGCCGGGGACAGCGAGGAGGAGGAGGAGGAGGAGGUGCUGGGGCUGCAGCUGCCCGAGGAGGAUGAACACGGUGAGGAGGAAGAAGAGGAGGAUGAGGAUGUACAGGGGCCGGAUCUUUACAUCGACCACAGUGCAGAAGAGGAUGGAGGUGAGGAGGAGGAUGGAGAAAGUGAGGAGGAUGGAGGAGAUGAGGAGGAGGAGGAUGGAGGAGAUGAAGACGAGGGGGGUAAUGAGGUUGAAGAUGAAGAUAGUGACCUCUCCAUGGAAAGCGACUUGGAGGAACACCGUCAGGACACUAAGCUUCCCCACGAGCUCUCCUGGGGCCAACGCAAGCAACUCUACUAUGACACAGACUACGGGACUGAUGCCCAGGCCAAGGGCAAGCGUAGCCAGCAAGAAGUUGAUGCUGAGGAGGAGGAAGAGGAGCAGGAGGCUCAAGUCAUCCAGAAACGGUUGGUGCAGGAUUUAGGGGAAGAUGAUUAUGGGCUGGAUGUGAUCCAGGGGUAUGUGGCUCAGCAGCAGAAAACCCUCGAUAGCAAAGGGCAGAAGAUUGACAAGGAUUUGCAGGCCCUCUCCAAGAAGGAGCAGCUAAAGCUACUGAAGCAGGAGUCCCCGGAGCUCCUGCAGCUGAUUGAGGACUUUGAAGUCAAGCUGAUGGAGCUCAAGGACGAACUCCACCCGCUGCUGCAAAUGGUCAAAAACGGCACUAUACCACAAGGGAAAGGUAGUCGCUAUUUGCAGACCAAGUAUCAUCUGUACUUGAAUUACUGUGCCAAUAUCAGUUUCUAUUUGGUGUUAAAGUCAAAGAGGAUGCCGGUUCAUAGUCACCCCAUUAUCGAACGGCUGGUUGCUUACAGAAAUAUAAUCAAUGACCUAGCAGUUAUAGACCAAAAGUUAUCCUCACAAGUUCGUAUGCUUUUGAAAAACUACUAUGAUAAGAAGGAGGAUAAAUUGCGUAAGGAGAAGAAGUUUGCGGUGUUCCUCCCACUGGAUGUUAAGAAAAACAAAUCAAAACGUGCUCCUGUGCUUGCUAAUGGCCGGGCUACUGCUGGUGAGCUGUCAGAUGAGUCAGACCUGGAUGAGGAGGCUGCGCUAAAAUACUAUAAGAUGAUGGAGGAGAAGUUGAAACUCAAGAGGAAGAGAGCUGAAGAUGAAGACAUGCUUGAAGAGGAAGCGAUGUUGGAAGGAGAGGAUCCAAAUAAAAAGAGAGGUGUGACCUAUCAGAUGAUCAAGAACAAAGGCCUCACCCCCAGAAGGAAGAAGAUUGAUCGCAACCCCAGGGUCAAGCAUCGGGAGAAGUUUCGGCGAGCCAAGAUUCGCCGCAAGGGCCAGGUCCGUGAAGUUCAGAGGGAAUUACACAGAUAUGCUGGGGAACUGUCUGGCAUUCGUGCGGGGGUUAAGAAGAGCAGGAAGCUUCAAUGAUAAUUAUUUUUCUCUGAUUCUGAGGGUUGCAAAUAGCACUAAAGAAUCCAAUAAAUUUUUUAUAAA